UGCGUCUCUCUCGACAUCUAUACGAGGUGCCUUACAUCUGCGCCAGCUGUACCAGGCGCGUAGUAAACCCUGCGACCCUGUUUAAUAAUGCCGAUGGCCCAUUGCCUUUCGUCCGAAGCUUUAGCACUGCACGAUGGCGACCCUUGAUAACGCCUCACACAUCCACGAGGUCUCAUGCAUCACCGUCUAUACGCCAUGCCUACAGCACGGCAACGACGUCUCGACAGCGUCUCCGCAUCGCCAUUAUUGGCUCCGGUCCUGCGGGCUUCUACACAGCACACCGCCUCAUAAACAAGAUCCAAGAUGUCAUCGUCGAUAUGUAUGAACAGCUCCCCGUGCCCUACGGCCUCGUCCGCUUUGGUGUAGCGCCCGACCACCCCGAGGUCAAGAACUGCCAGGACACGUUCGAGGAAGUCGCGCAAUCUCCGCGAUUCAACUACAUCGGCAACGUGCGUGUUGGGACCGACAUCGGGCUCUCCAAGCUGAAGCCGCAUUAUGAUGCGAUACUGUUCUCGUAUGGUGCGAGUGAGGAUAGGAAGCUGGGAAUUCCAGGAGAGGAUUUACCAGGCGUGUUUUCUGCGAGGGAGUUUGUGGGCUGGUAUAAUGGGCUGCCACAGUUCCAGAACUUGAAGCCGGAUUUGCUGGCUGGAGACCACGCGGUUGUCAUUGGGCAAGGGAACGUUGCUUUGGAUGUUGCAAGGAUACUUCUCACGCCUGUGGAUACGCUGCGGUCUACCGACAUAACCGAACAAGCUAUACAAACCUUGUCUGAGAGUAGAGUCAGGUCCGUGAGGGUGGUGGGUAGGCGUGGGCCGCUGCAGGCUGCAUUCACAGUCAAAGAAGCUCGCGAACUCAUGAACAUACCUUCCGUCGCAUUCGAACCCAUUAAUCAGUCUUUCUACCCAUCGGACGUUAAGAAGCUCCCGCGAGUACAGAAACGGAUAGCAGACGUUCUGCUGAAAGGAUCGAAGGCUACCGUACACGAGGCACCAAGAUCAUGGGCCCUAGACUUCCUCAGAGCACCAAAGGCCUUGAACGCUGAAUCGAGCCAUCUCUCAUCCAUAACCCUCACUACUCAGCAGUUCGCAUCAAACGCCGACCCCUUCGACAAGGCCGCACGUGUAGUACCUACCGACGAGGAAACCACCGUCAAAGCAUCCCUAGCCUUUCGCUCUGUAGGCUAUAAAUCCACUGCUCUCCCCGGGCUCUCAGAUCUCGGCGUACCUUUCGACAAGAAGCUUGGCAUCAUUCCCAACGACGUCCAUGGCCGUGUCAUCACACCAUCCGCAGGUCCUGGCGAGCUUACCGCCGGCCAUCUUCACGGUCUUUACUGCGCGGGAUGGGUCAAGCGCGGACCCACGGGAGUCAUUGCUAGCACAAUGCAAGACGCCUUCAUGUCCGCGGACAUCAUUACGCAGGACUGGACUAACAACGUUCCGUUCCUGAAUGACGAGUCUGGAGUGAGUAAGAGUACAGGACUGGGGUGGGACGGCAUCAAGGACGAAGUAAUGGGUAAGGGUGUCAGGCCCCUUAGCUGGGCAGACUGGAAGACAAUAGACGAAGCCGAGAGAGCAAGGGGGAAGAGCAAAGGAAAGGAGAGGGAGAAGUUUGCGAGCGUGCAGGAGAUGCUGAAGACGUUGGAUGCUUAGCCUUUGCACUCCCCGACUAGUCACUCCGUAGGUAUAUAAGUAUGCUUAGCCCAAGCCAGGCAGUGGCCUUGCGCAGGACGAGAGGUCGUUGCAUCCUUCACAUCUACUCAAAAUCUCCGUCCCCCAGCAGUACCCACAUCCUUAGACCCAUCAUCCCGAUUUCAUGAAUCGAUCAAGUCCCCCAUCUCCCCAAACACCUCUCCACAUCACCCCCGCCAGCAAUCAUCAUGCCUAAUUAUGAUACCGGCUCACCUCAGGACACCUCUCGAACUCGCCACCACACUUCCUGCACUGUCCCCCAACACACAUUAGUCCGCAUUUCCAACCCCUGUACUAGGAAAUCAAAGAUU